AUGGAUUAUUCUAAUGUAAUGGGUAAUACAAUUCCAGAACCUAAUAAUGAAAUGGAAUUUGAAUCUCAUGAAGCUGCAUAUUCAUUUUACAAAGAAUAUGCUAAGUCUGUAGGGUUUGGUACUGCUAAGUUAAGUAGUCGCCGGUCUAGGGCAUCGAAGGAAUUUAUUGAUGCUAAAUUUUCAUGUAUAAGAUAUGGUAAUAAGCAACAAUCGGACGAUGCAAUUAAUCCGCGUCCGUCGCCGAAAAUCGGUUGUAAAGCAAGCUUGCAUGUGAAGAGAAGACCGGAUGGUAAAUGGUAUGUUUUUAGUUUUGUGAAGGAGCAUAAUCAUGAGCUUUUGCCUGAUCAAGCUCAUUUUUUUCGAAGUCAUCGGAAUUCCGAUCCGUUGAGUAAUGAUGUUCGGAUGCGGCGGAAGAAGAACUCGACUGCAGGUGGUAAGUUAUUUAGUGCUUAUCAGAAUGUUGAUUGUUUAGAGAGAUUUAUGAAUCGUCAAAAUGACAAAGGACGGAGUUUGGUUUUAGAAACGGGGAAUGCUCAGUUGCUUCUUGAAUUAUUCAUGCAUAUGCAGGAAGAGAAUCCAAAAUUUUUCUAUGCGAUUGAUUUGAAUGAAGAGCAUCGACUUAGAAAUGUGUUUUGGGUUGAUUCUAAAGGGUUGGAAGAUUUCGGUUAUUUUGCUGACGUUGUUUCUUUUGACACAACAUAUUUUACUAGCAAGUAUAAAAUACCGUUGGUGCUUUUCAUUGGAGUUAACCAUCAUGUUCAACCGACAUUGCUUGGAUGUGCGUUGAUAGCUGAUGAGACGAUUUAUACUUUUGCCUGGUUACUGCACACAUGGUUUAUAGCAAUGGGAGAACGUGCUCCGCAAGUGUUUCUGACCGACCAAAACGACGCUAUUAAAGCUGCUGUUGCUGCUGUUUUUCCAGGAACGCGACACUGUUUUUGUUUGUGGCAUGUUUUGGAAAAGAUACCAAAACACCUUGAACUUUUAGGUGCAUGGCAUGAUAGCUUUAUGGAAAAGUUCAACAAAUGUAUAUUUAAAUCAUGGACAGAGGACCAAUUUGAAAGGAGAUGGUGGAAGCUGGUUGAUAGGUUUAAACUUCGAGAUGUUAAAUGGGUCCAAUCCUUGUACGAUGAUCGAGCGUGUUGGGUGCCAACAUUUAUGAGGGAUGUUUCUUUUGCCGGCUUAUCUACUGGCUCACGCUCAGAAAGUUUAAAUUCUUUGUUCGAUAAAUAUGUCCAAGUUGAUACUUCACUGAGAGAAUUUAUUGAACAGUACCGAUUGAUUCUUGAAGAUAGAUACGAAGAGGAAGCCAAGGCAAAUUUUGAUGCUUGGCAUGAAACACCCGAGUUAAAGUCUCCUUCCCCGUUUGAAAAACAAUUGUUGUUAGUUUACACUCACGAAAUCUAUCAAAAAUUUCAGUUUGAGGUUUUGGGUGCUUCUGCGUGCCAUCUAAAAAAAGAAAAUGACGGUGUGAUUGCUACUUAUAAUGUGAAAGACUUUGAAAAUGAUCAGAACUACAUGGUAGAAUGGAACACAUCGAACUCGGAUAUAUGUUGUUCCUGUCACUUGUUUGAAUAUAAAGGUUACCUCUGUAGACAUGCAAUUGUCGUUCUCCAAAUGUCCGGUGUUUUUAACAUCCCGACAAAGUAUAUAUUGAAAAGAUGGACAAAUGCUGCUCUGAGUAGGCAUCUUAUUGGUGAAAAACUGGAAGACGUUCAAUCCAAGGUCCGGAGAUUCAACGAUUUAUGCAGACGAGCCAUAAUAUUGGGCGAAGAAGGUUCUUUAUCCCAAGAAAGUUACCAUAUGGCUUUAGGUGCAAUAACUGAAGCUCUAAAGCAAUGUGCGAAUUUGAACAACUCUGUUGAGAAUGCAGCCUUAGCUAGUACUCAUGUUGGUUGCAAUGUUGUAGAAGAGUAUCAAUCUGUUAGUACAUCUACCGAUAAGGUGUCUGAUCCAAAGAUGAAUACGGGUAAGAAACCUGCGAGGACUGGUGUGGCUGGUAGGAGUCUAGGAAGUGUCGAAAACAUUGAAGGAAAUAAAGGAAAGGUACCUCAGCUUGGAGUAGUUAGCGGUAACGAUGGUUUUCAACGAAUGGAGGCUACUGAUCUAAGGUCACAUAAUGUCGUGCCAAUGCAGUUUCACAGCAUGGUGCCGGCUGCUAUGUUCCAUAAUGUUCCAUCCCCGUUUCACAAUGCAAGCUCAACUCAUUUGCAUGACAACCAUCUUCCUCCUUAG